AUGCGACGAGAUCCUCGUUAUCAUUGGUUAGAACAUCGUAUCGUUACGACAAUUGAACCGAAACGCGAUGCGCUCAAUCAAUUAAUUCAAAACGAUGAAAAUCGUCUAUGCAUUGAACAAUUCUUUGAAAAUGAAGAUGUAACGCAUUUGUAUAUUUUAUCUCAAUCGUCCUCGCAUCUUCUGGCACUGAAUACGAUUCCGUUUGAUUUCAAUGCUUAUGAACGAAUCGUUCUCUUUCUCAAAACAAAUUCGACGAGUAAACUAACAAGAGAAGAUCUCGACAAAGAUGUAUCUGUUACCGAGUUGUAUCCUCAAGAAACCGUUCAUUAUAUGGAUAUUAUCAGUCGAGAUGUUUAUCUUCCAUUGUUGUCGUGUAACAAUCUCGUAUCGGAACUGGAAAAGGAUCGUUUUCUGGAUUUAUUCCAUCGACUAUUGAAUCAAACAGCAGCAACGCAUACAUUUCAGUCGGAAUCGGUGGUUCUUCCAUUACCGGCAUUUAACAUCCUCGCACAUAUCUCCCAACAAGAACCGGAACGACAACAAUCGAUUUUGUCUAUUCUAGAAAACACAUUGACCAAUUGGAGCAAACAAAUCAAGCAAUUACUUCAAGAAGAAUUGAAACCAUCUUUCUACGGUCGAGAACAAAACUCCAUCAAAGAUCAAGUUCAGCUUUGGACGUCACGAAUCAAUAAACUAAACAAUCUUCUUGUUCAACUAGACUCUCCGUUCGUUCAAGAUGUUCUGAAAAACUUAGCGAGAAAUCGUUCACCUUAUCUCGCAUCAUUUAUGGAUAUCAAACAAGAAAUCGCUCGAGCUGUGACACAUGCUGAGAGAAACUUGUCGUUUGUAAGCACCUUACAACCAUGGGUAUAUCAAAUCAAUAAUUCAAAUGAUGUCAAUGAAAUUUUUGCGUUGCUUCCAUCAUUAAUGCAUACGCUCUUUCUCGUUUGGCAACAUUCACAUUAUUAUCAUCAAAAAGAUAAAUUCAAUCAAUUGCUGGAAGUUCUUUCGACGGAAAUUGCGACACGAGCAAAACAGAUCAUCACCACGGAUAUUUCAUCUCAGGAGAAUAAUAAUUCCAUGACCUUGAAAGAUGCAUUAUCGAUCUGUGCGAUGUUUCGUGGAACUUAUUUAGAUUAUAAGGAGAAAGCUGAUGCAUUGAAUUCAAAAUACAUGAUACCGGAGAAAAAAAUCGAUCCAUCGAAAAUGCUCAUUUGGCAUGUAAAUCCAUACGGAGAAACAGAUCCACAUAAGGACAUAACAUCCAACAGCGAUCCAUACAUCGUCUUAAGAAAGUCAAGUCCGUGGCCACCAAGAAAUGCCAAAUGCUUUCAAUCCCUAAACGCAAUUAUCGAAAGAUGCAAUGAUGUUCAAGAGUUGACAUCGACCAUUGCUCAAUUUAAUGAACUAUCGACAACAGCUCGUAUGGGUGGAACACUAACGAGUACAAUGGAUGCGAUGUUAGCUGAAAUUCAAACGAAAUCAGCGAAAUCUCUGGAGCUAUUCCAUAGAGAAUGCCCGAACCUUUCGCAUUUAAUGGACAACGAUCGUUUCGAUCUAGCAUUUUUCCGUCUACGAACGGAAUUGAAACAAUACGAACAUGAACUAGCUUGGAUAUUGCGACAAUGCUUCUCUCGUACGACAACCUUAGCUAGUAAAUUGACGCUAUUAGAUGUUUUUCACGGCAUCUAUCAACGUGAUGUCAUCCAACGUGCACUCGCUAAUGAAGAACAAUGGAUCAUCGAUAAUCUUAAACAUGAAUUUCAAUUAGUUACGCAAUUAGUUCAUUCAUCGCAUAUGAAUUAUCCGCAUUGGCCACCCAUCGCAAGACAAUUAUUGUAUCUAUAUGGAUUAAAACAAAGAAUUGAUCUCUAUAUGAGCCAGUUCAGUGAACUUUGUCCGAAAAUAAUGAACAGUGAUGUUGGUUGGGAGUUAAAAGAAGGAUAUCGAAUCGCGAAAGAGAAAAUACAAAAAAGCGAAGAUGAACUUUACACUCAAUUGGAACAAUCAGCGACGAGUCAAAUUUCAGAUCUUUUGCUACAACCGGUUUUCAAAACUUCAUUAUUGGCUGAUGAAGUUACGAAUCUUCCGAUCAUCGAAGUCAAUUUAGAUAAUGCACUGGAUUGUUUAUUACGAGAAAUUCGUUACAUUACAGGCGAACCGUUGAAUUAUAAAAUUCCGGGCAAAUAUCGUGAACUAAUACCCUUAUUAGACAAUGAACGAGCACUUCGAUUACAUGUUGAACGUCUUCGAGUGGUUGUUACGAAAUAUAACUAUUUAAUUGGACAUAUGGAAGUAGAAGAACGCGAUUUAUUCGAAACGAAACUCAGUCGUAUUGACGAAAUUAUUCAUCGAGGUUUAACAGAAGUCACAUGGAAAAGCUUGAAUUUAGCGGACUAUAUCGAACAAGCGUACGGAUUGAUCAAUAUGGAUGCCAGCAUCGCCCUUGAAACCGUUCAGCACGAUGUCUCCUUAAUCAAAGAACUAGCUUUCAACUGGUCUCAUAUUCAUGGCGAUAUUUUCGAUGAAACCGAACAUAAUUUGCAACUGACAUUUCAAGAAACACUUCAGAAACAUCAACAUGUUCAAGCAGCUUUCAAUGAAAAGCUGACAAUCGAUGGACAUAAAAUCCAUUCACUUGCAGAUAAUAUCGCUAAGGUCGUUGGCGUAAGUUUAUCGUCUCCAUCGUGGUUAAACUACAUCGAUUACUUAAAUUCAUUGGUGUUGAACGGCAUCAAAGCCACAAGUUUGAUCAGUAUGAAAAAUAUGUUAGUAGCGAUGAGUGAUGAAACCAAUCAAGUCAUCAAUAUUGUCGUACAAUUGAACGAUUCAGAGUUGUCAUUUUCACCUCCAUUGGUUCCAGUGACAAGUGAAUUAAGUUUAGGAGAGAUUCUAUUAGAAUGGAUUGAAACAUUUAUCAACCGAGGAGAGUAUAUUGAAUUGCUUGGAAAUGAUCGAACAACGAGAUUCUCCCAGAUUAUCAAUCAAGAUCCGUUGAUAGUUGAACUACGUGAGAAAAUCACUCAAUUAAUUGAAGAUACUUGCUCGGAAUCGUUGAAAUUUUUUGAUGAUUUCUCUCAAUAUGCAUUCUUGUACCAAAUAUCCGUCAAUCAAUCGUUUCAGUUAUUUCUACACGGAAAUAAACGAAGCCGUUUAACGACACCGAAGAAUUUUCUCAAUGAACAGGAUGCCGGCAGACGAAGUGUAUAUUCGAUGGCGUCAAUUCCAACGGCGGAAUUAAUCGAUCAAGUGGAACGUUCUUUUCUCUGUGCGACAAGUGAAAAGGAAGAUCUGCAACGUAUUCCACUUCUACAAGAAUUCGAGAACGAAAUGAAAAUUUAUCAAGUUUGCUUAUCUGACCUGCUCACAUUACCCGACUGUUGGAAUGUUCAUUGGAUUCGGAUUGAUUUAAAACCAAUCAAACAAACAUUCACCAGUCUCGCACAUAAAUGGCUAUGGAAAUUCUGUGAUUAUCUUCAUAAUCAGACAAACAAAUCUCUAGACGUUGUCGAUAACUUUCUCAUUGCUAUGGAGCCCGAAAUCGAAUCGAUUAGCGGUCUUGAACACGACACCGAAACUUUCAUGAAAAUCAUGCGUUUGUUCAAUUCUGUCUCGGGUAAACAGCAUGAAGUCGAAAUACGCUUCGAACUAAUGCGUCGAACAUUAUCCUUACUGAAAAUCUACUCCGCAUCGAACGAGAACGAGAUGGCUUUGAAUGAAAAAUACCAAACAAUUAUGACUCGUUGGCAAAACUUGAAGACGAAAGUCAUGCAAGCCAAACAACGUCUAGGACCGACAUUGAAAGAAGAAUCCACGUUCAUUAUCCGAGAUUUGAAAGCAUUUCAAAAUCAAAUCAAUCAAUUGAUUCAUGAUAUCAACCAAUCAACGUUAUUCUCCCAUCAAUUAACAUUUACUCAAGCACAACAACUACUGCAUGAAUUUUCCGGUCGACAAAAGGAUUUGGAUAAACAAGCACCGGAUUAUAAACAAUUGCAGACGCUCUUGGAUACGAACAUUAUUGAUUUCGAGAAGUUAUCACAUUAUAAAGAAAUGCUGAAGAAUCUGACGCUCACAUGGAAAACUGUCAGGGACGUUCGUCGUUAUUUCGAUGAAAUCAAACAAGAACAAUGGCAGAAAUUGGAUAGUAAACAAGUUCUAACAGCUUGUGAGAAGUAUCAUGAAACGAUGCAAUCUUUGCCGAAGGUGGUUCGACUUUGGGAUGUUUACACAUUCACUGAUGAAGAAAUCAAACGAAUCAAAAUCUGCGCACAAUUACUUGAUGACUUAUCGAAUCCGGCACUGCGCACUCGCCAUUGGAAACAGAUCAUUCGCAUAACCGGAGGACACACAUUAAUGGACAGCGAUACGUUUCGUCAGUUGACUUUUGGCAAAUUGUUCACUCUGUCUUUUCAAGAUUAUGCGGAGGAGAUUCGAGCGACGGUGAAACGUGCAGAAAAAGAUUUUCAACUGGAAUCGACUUUGAAAAGUUACGAAGAAAUCUGGUUGAGUAAAACAUUUCAAAUGGUACCUUAUCAAACGAUAAAACAUAAAACCGAAGAACGAAAAGAAUCGGAGAGAAAUCCAUCAUCUCGAAGUCGUCGACCACGUGUGAGUGUCGCGUCAACGUCGCAAUCAAUGUCAAACGUCGAUCCAAAUGCAGAGAAAAUGUAUCUGUUGUCGAAUUUGGAUCAGAUGUUUGCAGAAAUGGAAGAUCAUCAGAUAAACUUAGAAAUUCUUCAAACCAACCAAUCAGCUGGCUCAUUUCUCGAUGAAAUUGCUAAAUGGCAAUCGAUUCUACAACACAUCGAAGAAGUUUUACAACAAUGGAAUACCGUUCAACAACUUUGGCAGAAACUCGACUCAAUCCUUCCGAUUCUUCAAUCGGAUACACAAUUGAGUAUCAUGUUUUUCAAAAUAGAUCGAGAGUUUCGAGGUUUAAUGGUCGCAGUUGCGAAUGAUAACAAUGUUUUGAAAUGUUGUCAGAAGAAAAAUCUCCUUCCGCAAUUGAAAAUUCUGUCGACCCAAUUGCAGAAGUGUCAGGAUAUUCUGCGAAAACAAAUGUUUAACGAAAAUAAAGGCGGACGAUACAGUUUUCUUACCGAUAUCCAACUAUUUGAUCUGAUCACAACAGGCUCGAAUAUUCGGCUGUUGAGCGAACGAUUUUCUUAUAUUAUCCCUGGAUUGAAGAGUUUGAUCUUUUCGGAAGAAGUGAAAGACGAAGUAGUUGGAUUGAUUACCCAAUAUCACGAAGAAAAGAUUCUUUUCACCAAUAAAAUCUCGUUCGAAGGGAAUAUCGAAUCAUUUGUCGACAAAUUGAUCGCUGCAGUGAAAGAAACGGUGAAAAAUUCAAUUGAAUCAGCAAUUAAAGGCAAGAAUUAUCACUUGAAACUUGGAAUUUGA